UGUUGCUAGCCUAAGAGACUGGCUGUUAGCACGCUGCCCGGAUGAGGGGGAGGAUCAGAUUGGAGCAUACGAAGGAUCCCAGGGUCUUCAGCCGCAAAGAAUGCACGGCAACUUGCUGACAGAGUCUUGGUCUAUCGGCCAGGCUGGACUACAGUCUGCUCCAGACUCCCUGCAAUCUCGGCUCCCUGCAAUCUCCGCCUCCUGGGCUCAAGUCAUUCUCCUGCCUCGGCCUCCUGAGUAGCUGGGACUACAGGCAUGUGCCACCAUGCUUGGCUAACUUUUAUCAUAAACAACUCUUUUUUGUAGAGUUGUUUCACCAUGUGGCCCAGGCUGGUCUCAAACUCCUGAGCUUGGAUGAUCCACACAUCUCAGCCUCCUAAAGUGCUGAGAUUACAGAAAAACUCAGAUAUGAAGAGAUUACAUAACAUACUGAUGCUACAAGAACAAGCCAGGUUGUAUCCACAAGUACCAGCAGAAUGCCUGACACAUAGUAGACACAAGGGGCAGGAGCCUGGUUUCUUCAGUUCCUGUGUGGUGACCUGGGAUUCAAUCUGUGAGUUUCUUAAAUUCUACUUGGUGGUGGAGGUGUGGUGGUGUAAGCCUGCAAUCCAGCUACUCAGAGGACUGAGGAGGGAGGAUCACUUGCAACCAGGAGUUCAAAGCCAGCUUGGACAACAUAAUAUUUAUUGAGCUAUGAAGUGCACAUCUAUGAAACUGUCUACUCAGUACCCCACCACACAAAUCUUCUGAGAACUGCUAUCCCCAUCCAUUUGUAUACCAUCAUGGCCAUCAUACUAGUAAAAUUUAAUUCUGCUUCCUGGACUCUAUUCUUUGGUUCAAGUGUGGGCAUUUAACACAAGUCAGCUAUGGCAGAAAUGGCUAAUUGUCACUAAAAUUUAGGAUUUCUGACAACAUAGGCAAUACCAUCUUGCACAUGGGAAUGAUCAAUUGUUUCAUUACAAAGACACCAAAAGCAAUUGUGACAAAAAGCAAAAAUUGAAACGUGGGGUCUAAUGCUUCUGCACAGCAAAAGAAACUAUCAACAGAAUAAACAACCUACAGAACAGGAUAAAAUAUUUGCAAACUAUAUAUCUGACAAAUGUCUAAAUUUAUCUAAGGAACUUAAAUUUACAAGAGAAAACCAAACAACCCCACUAAAAAGUGACUAAAGAACAUGAACAGACAUUUCUUGAAAAAAACAUACAGGAGACCAACAAGCAUAUGAAAAAAAGCUCAAUAUGACUUAUCAUUAGACAAAUGUAAAUCAAAAUCACAAUGAGAUACCAUCUCACACCAGUUAGAAUUGAUAUUAUUAAUAUGUUAAAAACAUAACAGAUGCUGGCAAGGUUAUAGAGAAGGGAACACUUAUAUACUGUUGUUGAGAGUACAGCCAUUGUGGAAAACAUACGGGAAUUCCUCAAAGACCUAAAAGCAGAACUACCAUUCGACUCAACAAUCCCAUUCCUAAGCAUAUACCCAGAUUUAAAAGCAGAACUACCAUUCAACUCAGUAAUCCUAAUCCUAAGCAUAUACCCAGAGGAAUAUAAAUCGUUCUAUCAUAAAGACACAUCCACAUGAAUGUUCAUUGCAGCACUGUUCAGAAUAGAAACGACAUGGAAUUAACCUAAAUGCCCAUUAAUAGUAGACUGGAUAAAGAAAAUGUAGUAUAUAUAAAUCAUGGUAUACUAUACAGCCAUAAAAGAGAAUGAGAGCAUGUCUUUUGCCGGAACAUGGAUGGAUCUGGAUACU